GAACAUUACCACUGCCACUGAAUCUGCACUCUUUGCUAAGUAGUAAGGGCCAAGACAGUGAUAGCGGCACAUAGUCAACUCUGUACCGAACAUCAGAGUUAAACUUUUGACUUUUAAAAACAAGCAUGUUCAUUAUCGAAAUUAGAAUCAGAAGAGGAGACUUAAGUCUUUGCACCCGGAAGCUUGCUUUAUUUUGUCACAUGGCUAACAAGAGAUUUUAAUAACAAAAAAUGGCGACAAUCACGUUGUUCAAUGUGGUCUUGCUGCGUCAUUAAAGAUAUUUCUGUAAACAAGGAGAAGAAAGGGGAAUUUUGCGGUUAGGCUUUGGCAACGAUCCCCCAUUGGAACUGUUAUGGCAAACGCAACAAUCGGAGUUGUUUACAUGAGGAGUGAGCGAGUGCGGAGGGCGGGGCGACAAGGGGAGGAGGCUUCUGCAACAGGCGACGCGACUGGACUACUGGAGAAUAACCAGCGCUGAGGGUGGAGUCACUUUAAAACCACAACAAGUCUGACGUAAGCACUGUGCGAGCCUGGAUGCCACGAAUCACUGCAAUGGAACUAGGACGCCAACUGUGCGUGAAGAUGAGGAGACCGAGGAGAGGGGGGAGCGCAAUUCCCCCUGCACCACGGGGCCUGGAGAUCCACUUAUACCUGCCAGAUCCACCCCCUCUGGAGUACCUGAGGGGCAGCUACUCAGCCGAGGAGCUGUGCACAGAGGCAGCCAAGAAAUGCUCUAUUUCUCCUCUCUGUCACAACCUGUUCGCCCUGUAUGAUGAGAGCAGGGACAUCUGGUACCCCCCCAGUCAUGCUUUCCAAAUCGACGAGGGCACCUCCAUCAAGCUGCAUUACCGCAUGAGAUUCUACUUCAUCAACUGGCAUGGUACAAAUGAGAAUGAGUCUGCCGUGUGGAGGCACUCCCUCAGCAAGCCCAAGAAUGGCCUCACCCCACUGAAGACCCCAGAGGGAACCCCGCUCUUGGAUGCUGCCUCGCUGGAGUACCUAUUUGCACAGGGGCAGUAUGACUUUCAGAAGGGCCUUGCUCCUGUGCGGAACCCACUGAAUGAGGCGGAGGUCCAUGACAUUGAGAACGAGUGCCUGGGAAUGGCAGUGCUGGCCAUCUCUCACCACGCCAUCAGCAAAGAACUGCCGCUGCCCGGAGUGACUGGAGAAAUCAGUUAUAAGAAGUACAUCCCAGAGAGCCUGAACAGAGCCAUCAAGCAGCGCAACGUGCUCACCCGCAUACGCAUCAACAAUGUCUUCAAGAACUUCCUCAAUGAGUUCAACCGCAAGACCAUCCGUGACAGCAAGGUCACCACACACGACCUGAAGGUCAAGUACCUAUCCACCCUGGAGACGCUGACCAAGAACUUCGGCAGUGAGGUGUAUGAGACCAGCAUGCUGCAGAUCUCGCUGGAGAGCGAGAGGCCACCAGUGCCCUACUUCGACAAGGGUGACCCCCCUGCGUAUGAGGUGCUGGUGUCAGGGAACAGCGGCAUUAUGUGGCGCGAGAAGCCUCCCAAUAAAGUUUUGCUACCCAAAGACAAGAGCAAAGCAAAGAAGAACAAGACAGACAGCAAGAAGAAACAGGAAAAUAAGGACAGCAGAGAGAGCUGGAUGCCAUUUUCUGAUUUUCAUGAGAUCACCCACAUUGUCAUUAGGGAGUCCACUGUCACUAUUUACAAACAAGACAACAAGAUGAUGGAGCUGCAGCUGGCCUUCCCAGCUGAGGCACUAUCCUUUGCGUCCCUGGUGGAUGGGUACUUCCGGCUGACCGUGGAUGCCCACCACUACCUGUGCAACGAGGUGGCCCCCUCCUCAGUGGUCCAGAACCUGCAGAACGGCUGCCACGGCCCCAUAUGCACGGAGUACGCCAUUCACAAGCUACGCCAGGAAGGCAAUGAUGAGGGCAUGUAUGUCCUGCGCUGGAGCUGCACCGACUACAACCACAUCCUCAUGACUGUGGCCUGCAAGGAGGUGGUCAUGCAUGAAUCCAGGCAAAGCAGACAGUACAAGAACUUCCAGAUCGAGGUUGGGCUUGAGGGGUACCGUCUGUGCGGGACAGAGACCUUCUGGCCCUCCCUGGGGGAACUCAUGGACCACCUGUCUGGACAAUGCCUUCGCACUGAGAAUGUCAGCUUCCACCUGAAGAGGUGCUGCCCGCCUGAGCCACGAGAAAUCUCCAACCUUCUGGUGGUGACAAAGAACAGGGUGCUGGACUACCCUACCCCCUUGCUGAGUCAGCUGAGCUUCCACAGAAUCUUCAAGGAAGACAUAGUCCAGGGGGAGCACCUGGGGCGUGGGACCAGGACCAACAUCUACUUGGGCUCACUGAAGGUGAGGAGUGAGGAGGAGGACGACGACAGUGGAUACAGUUCCUCUCACCAAGUCAAAGUGGUCUUGAAAGUGCUGGGGUCUGCUCACAGAGACAUUUCACUGGCAUUCUUUGAAACGGCCAGCAUGAUGCGGCAGAUCUCCCACAAACAUAUUGCUCUGCUGUAUGGUGUCUGUGCCCGUGAACUGGAGAACAUCAUGGUGGAGGAGUUUGUGGAGCUAGGCCCAUUGGACCUCUUCAUGCGGCGACAGCGUCACUUCCUCACUACCGCAUGGAAGUUCCAGGUGGCAAAGCAGUUGGCCAGUGCUCUCAGCUAUCUGGAGGACAAAAAAUUGGUGCACGGAUAUGUGUGCACCAAGAACAUUCUGCUGGCACGGGACGGCUUGAACAGUGACAGUGGCCCUUUCAUUAAGCUGAGUGACCCAGGCAUCCCCAUCACCGUACUCUCCAGGGAAGAAUGUGUGGACAGGAUUCCUUGGAUCGCCCCAGAGUGUGUGCGGAACGCCAAGGAGCUGAGCGUUGCAGCGGAUAAGUGGAGCUUUGGCACCACGCUGUGGGAGAUCUGCUACGAUGGCGAGGUGCCACUCAAGGACAAGAAGCUCACUGAGAAAGAGAUGUUUUAUACAGCAGAGUGUGUACUGGCAACCCCAGACUGCAAGGAGCUGGCUGACCUCAUGACCCAGUGCAUGAACUACGAUCCCCGAAAGAGGCCCUUCUUCAGGGCAAUUGUGAGGGACCUUAACAAGCUGGAGGAGCAGAACCCCAUUGUCUCCCCCAAAGUGCCCCCACAAGGAGUCGACCCCACCGUAUUUGAGAAGAGGUUCCUGAAAAAGAUUCGGGAUCUGGGAGAGGGUCACUUUGGAAAAGUUGAGCUGUGCAGAUAUGACCCCCGGGGGGACCGCACCGGCGAGAUGGUGGCUGUCAAGUCCCUGAAGCCGGAAAACAAGGAGGAGCAGAGCAGCAACCUGUGGCGGGAGAUUGAGAUCCUGAGGGCCCUGUACCACCAGAACAUUGUCAAAUACAAGGGCAUCUGCAGCGAGGAGGGUGGAAGGGCAAUCAAGCUGAUCAUGGAGUACCUGCCCGCUGGAAGUCUGAAGGAGUACCUGCCCCGAAACAAGGCUAAAACAGACCUCAAAAGGCUCCUCAGUUAUGCUGUCCAGAUAUGCCAGGGAAUGGACUACCUGGGAUCACUGAACUACAUCCACCGAGACCUGGCAGCUCGGAAUGUACUGGUGGAAAAUGAGAACACCGUCAAGAUUGGAGACUUUGGGCUGACCAAGAGCAUCAAGGACAACGAAGGUUACUACACGGUGAAGGAUGACUUGGACAGCCCCGUCUUCUGGUAUGCCCCAGAGUGCCUGGUCUACUGCAAGUUCUACCGUGCAUCGGACGUGUGGUCCUUUGGAGUGACCAUGUAUGAGCUCCUGACUUACUGUGAGACGGAGUGUAGCCCUAUGGUGGUGUUCUUGAAGAUGAUUGGUCGAACCCAUGGACAGAUGACAGUGCACAGGCUGGUGAAAGUACUGGAGGAGGGGAGGAGGCUGCCCUGUCCACCAAACUGCCCUGAAAUGGUUUACGCCCAGAUGAGGAGGUGCUGGGAGAGUGCACCAGAGAAGAGAAUCAACUUUCAGGGCCUGAUCAAGGUAUUCCAACAGCUGCUGGCCGACCAGCUGUGACCAACGGCGACCAAUGGCGCUCAGCCCUGACUGGAUCAUGCAGCAGGAGACGUGCCUUUUCAGAGACUUUAUGAACACAGAAUACAGCAGCCAGGAAGAGAGAGUCAUGUUACUUUGGUCUUCUGCUACUGUGACUUAAUAUUUCGUCACAAUACUUUAGAGCGGCGCCACACACCUUGGGUAUGACCCUGGAGCCUUGGCGGAUGAGCAGAAUCUUCGAAUUGCCACCAUUUAAUUGUAAAUAGACGUAAUGUCAUUCUUUUCAAAAUGAAAACUUUAGCUCAAAAUAUUUUUUUUGUUCAUUUCAUGAGUACGUGUUAUAAUGUCAUUUCUGGUGCAAUCUAACCAUUGGCAUUAACAUUUUUUCCCUUCUUCGCUAAGUAAGUAAGUCCUUAUUGUAUUAUCAUUUGCCACCUUGUCAAAAAGACAGGGGAGGAAGAGAGAUUUACAGGUGAGAUGAGUAAUGUGAAGGCCUCUGACUCACCCCUUGUUAAUCAGAAGAGCAGAUAUGGGUGGACCUGAUCUCAGUCUGCCUUAGUGCACAUCUACACAGAAAUAUGUGGCUCCUUCAGGAGCAUCACUUCAGAGCAGGCGCUACACACCUCAGUUGGUCUGUAUAUCGUCAGGAUGGGCUGACAGUAGCUACAGGAGAUUACAUUACUGCAUCCAGGCCAUAAAAAGAGUUGUGAAUUUAUGCAGCACCUGCUUCACACCGAUGCCUGUGAACAAGUGAAAAAAUCUGUGUGAGUGGCAGCAUGUUCGAGCUCAAAUUGAAAAGUGGGGUGUCAGAGUUCAGGUAGAAUGUUAGGAAGAGAACCCACAAUAGCUGCUGAAUAAGGUAUAUCACACAGUGGAACAGAAAAUCCUCUCUUAGGCACUGCUGUCCCCUGGUGUCCUAUCAAUUGCAGCCAGUUAUCUUAAAAAAUAUCCAGCACGAUGUACUGUCAGUUUUCUAAAUGCUUGCCUUCCAAACAGAGUCAUUUUAUAUUGUCUCUCUCAUAUUAUACAUAGGGGUUACCAGAGUUGAAGCAAAGCCAAAAUCUGGCCAUAUUUGACUGUGUCCCAUACCGUGUAACCAAUAACAAAGUAAACAUGCUUGUGACCUGAUUAUUCCAGAAUGUAUGAAACAUUUCCUUAUGCUCAGAAAGCAUCUGUCUUUGGACUGAGAAAAAACGAAAGAAAGGAUGGAUGACUGGAAGGAAAUGUGUUCAUAAAUACAUGUAUAAUUUCAAUAAUUAAAAUGCUUUAAUCUUUAAUUCUUUAAUCAGAAGUGUCCCCUUGAAAACUUUGCUUUACCCACUAAUACUCAGUGAGCAUGCUAAA